GGGGGGCGGAGGCGGCCUCCGCGCCGGCGCCGGCGCCCUGCGGAAGCGGCGUUAGUGAAUCGGGGCCUCGGGGAGCCCAGGAUGGAGGUGGCGGCGGCGGCGGGCCGAGCUCUGCGGAGGGCGGGAGACUGACCGCCAGCCAGCCAGCGAGGGAGCCGUGGAUGCUGCCGGCCCGGCCCGAGAGCCAUGCGUCUUCGAGAGCAUGAGAGAGCGGAUCCCAGCGCAGGCUCCCUGGGGUGGCCCUGUUCAUGGAGGUGAGCGCCAGGCCUGCUGAGCCCCUGCAGAGCCGCCAGCCAUGCCCGGGAUCGUGGUGUUCCGGCGGCGCUGGUCUGUGGGCAGCGACGACCUCGUGCUGCCGGCCAUCUUCCUCUUCCUCCUGCACACCACCUGGUUUGUGAUCCUGUCCGUGGUGCUCUUCGGCCUGGUCUACAACCCGCACGAGGCCUGCUCCCUGAACCUGGUGGACCACGGCCGCGGCUACCUGGGCAUCCUGCUGAGCUGCAUGAUCGCCGAGAUGGCCAUCAUCUGGCUGAGCAUGCGCGGGGGCAUCCUCUACACGGAGCCCCGCGAGUCCAUGCAGUACGUGCUCUACGUGCGCCUGGCCAUCCUGGUGAUCGAGUUCAUCUAUGCCAUCGUGGGCAUCGUCUGGCUCACUCAGUACUACACCUCCUGCAACGACCUCACUGCCAAGAACGUCACCCUCGGGAUGGUCGUCUGCAACUGGGUGGUCAUCCUCAGCGUCUGCAUCACCGUCCUCUGCGUCUUCGACCCCACGGGCCGCACCUUCGUCAAGCUGAGAGCCACCAAGAGGAGGCAGCGCAACCUGCGGACCUACAACCUCCGGCACCGGUUAGAGGAGGGCCAGGCCACGAGCUGGUCGCGGCGGCUCAAAGUGUUCCUCUGCUGCACCCGGACGAAGGACUCGCAGUCAGAUGCCUACUCGGAAAUCGCCUACCUCUUCGCCGAGUUUUUCCGGGACCUGGACAUCGUGCCCUCUGACAUCAUCGCCGGCCUGGUCCUGCUUCGGCAGCGACAGCGGGCCAAACGCAACGCCGUGCUGGACGAGGCCAACAAUGACAUCUUGGCCUUCCUGUCGGGGAUGCCAGUGACCAGAAACACCAAGUACCUCGAUCUCAAGAACUCGCAAGAGAUGCUGCGCUACAAGGAGGUCUGCUACUACAUGCUGUUCGCGCUGGCCGCCUACGGCUGGCCCAUGUACCUGAUGCGGAAGCCCGCCUGCGGCCUCUGCCAGCUGGCCAGGUCCUGCUCGUGCUGCCUGUGCCCCUCUCGGCCCCGGUUCGCGCCUGGCGUCACCAUCGAGGAAGACAACUGCUGCGGCUGCAACGCCAUCGCCAUCCGGCGCCACUUCCUGGACGAGAACCUGACGGCGGUGGACAUCGUCUACACCUCCUGCCACGACGCGGUGUACGAAACCCCCUUCUAUGUGGCGGUGGACCAUGACAAGAAGAAGGUGGUGAUCAGUAUUCGGGGAACCCUGUCCCCCAAGGACGCCCUGACGGACCUGACGGGUGAUGCCGAGCGCCUGCCCGUGGAGGGGCACCACGGCACCUGGCUGGGACACAAGGGCAUGGUCCUCUCGGCCGAGUACAUCAAGAAGAAGCUGGAGCAGGAGAUGGUCCUGUCCCAGGCCUUCGGGAGAGACCUGGGCCGCGGAACCAAGCACUACGGCCUGAUCGUGGUGGGCCACUCCCUGGGCGCGGGCACCGCCGCCAUCCUCUCCUUCCUCCUGCGCCCCCAGUACCCGACACUCAAGUGCUUCGCCUACUCCCCACCUGGGGGCCUGCUGAGUGAGGACGCCAUGGAGUACUCCAAGGAAUUUGUGACGGCCGUGGUUCUGGGCAAAGACCUUGUCCCCAGGAUCGGCCUGUCGCAGCUGGAGGGUUUCCGCAGACAGCUCCUGGACGUCCUGCAGCGGAGCACCAAGCCCAAAUGGCGAAUCAUCGUGGGAGCCACUAAAUGCAUCCCCAAGUCCGAGCUGCCCGAGGAGGCGGAGGUGACCGCCAUGGCCAACACGCGGCUCUGGACCCACCCCAGCGACCUGACCAUCGCCCUGUCGGCCAGCACCCCCCUCUACCCGCCCGGCCGCAUCAUCCACGUGGUGCACAACCACCCCGCAGAGCAGUGCUGCUGCUGCGAGCAGGAGGAGCCCACGUACUUCGCCAUCUGGGGCGACAACAAGGCCUUCAACGAGGUGAUCAUCUCCCCGGCCAUGCUGCACGAGCACCUCCCCUACGUGGUCAUGGAGGGGCUCAACAAGGUGCUGGAGAACUACAACAAGGGGAAGACGGCCCUGCUCUCUGCAGCCAAGGUCAUGGUGAGCCCCACCGAGGUGGACCUCACUCCCGAGCUCAUCUUCCAGCAGCAGCCGCUGCCCACUGGGCCGCCCGUGCCCGCCGGCCUCGCCCUGGAGCUGCCUCCCGCAGACCACCGGAACAGCAGCACCAGAAGCAAGUCCCAGUCGGAGAUGAGCCUGGAGGGCUUCUCAGAGGGGCGGCUGCUGUCCCCCGUGGCUGCGGCCGCGGCCGCCCGCCAGGACCCCGUGGAGCUGCUGCUGCUGUCCACGCAGGAGCGGCUGGCGGCCGAGCUGCAGGCGCGGCGGGCGCCGCUGGCCACCAUGGAGAGCCUGUCGGACACGGAGUCCCUGUACAGCUUCGACUCGCGCCGCUCCUCCGGCUUCCGCAGCAUCCGCGGCUCGCCCAGCCUGCACGCCGUGCUGGAGCGCGACGAGGGCCACCUCUUCUACAUCGACCCCGCCAUCCCCGAGGAGAACCCGUCGCUGAGCUCCCGCACCGAGCUGCUGGCCGCCGACUCCCUGUCCAAGCACUCCCAGGACACGCAGCCCCUGGAGGCCGCCCCGGGCAGCGGGGGCGCCACCCCCGAGCGGCCCCCCAGCGUGGAGGCCCACGAGCGGGGGGAGGAGGAGGGGGGCGGCAGGGGGGCGCCCCGCGGAGAGCUGGCGCUGCACAACGGGCGCCUGGGGGACUCGCCCAGCCCGCAGGUGCUGGAGUUCGCGGAGUUCAUCGACAGCCUCUUCAACCUGGACAGCAAGAGCAGCUCCUUCCAGGACCUGUACUGCAUGGUGGUGCCCGAGAGCCCCACCAGCGACUACGCCGAGGGCCCCAAGUCCCCCAGCCAGCAGGAGAUCCUGCUCCGAGCCCAGUUCGAGCCCAACCUGGUGCCCAAGCCCCCGCGGCGCUUUGCGGGCUCGGCCGACCCCUCCUCGGGCAUCUCGCUGUCGCCCUCCUUCCCGCUCAGCUCCUCGGGGGAGCUCAUGGACCUGACGCCCACGAGCCUCAGCAGCCAGGACUGCCUGGACAAGAUCCGGACUCCCAGCCUGCCCGGCGCGGCCGGCGCGCAGGAGGACCUGGCCAUCUCGGCGCGCUAGCCCCGGAGCAACUGCACCGGCGCCUGUGCCAGAGCCGGUGGCCCCUCCGGCUUCAGGCAGCUCCCCCAGGGCUCCAGGCGGCUGCCCCAGGUCCUGGCAGCUUUGAGGAGAGGCCCCAGGGGCCAGUGCAGCCUCAGGCCUGGGCACAGCUGCUGAGCUGGGGGUCCGUGUCCCUACCUCAGCCUAGGACCCCCAGAGCCAAGGCAGCUGGCAGCUGGGCUCUCCAGACAGGCGAGGGGUGAGGAGUGGGGAAGAGCCCGGGGCCCUGCCAUCUGCCCCCCAGGCCUCCUGGCACCCCUACUCCAGGACAGGCAGUGGCAUCCUGACUCCCUUCACUGCCCUCUGGCUGCCCUUCCCCACAUAUUCUCAUCUGUGGUCCAGGCCGGCAUCUGUCCUGGCCACCCCCCAGAUCUGGUGCCUGCUGGCCAGCCCCUGGGUGACCCCCACGGGGGCCUGCAGUGCUGUGUAUGUUUACAGAAGCUGCUGGGCGGGGCUCAGGGUGUGUCCUGGGCUUGCAAGCCCCCCCUCCUCAGUCAUGUGUUCAGUGGCCCCUCUGGGCAGGGCAGGGGCCUGGAGGAGGUGGGGUUAGGACCGCCCCUCCUCUACUCAUGUCCCUCACACUGACCCCUCUGUCGAUGGGUCUUGGGCACCCAGGCCUGCCCGCCUGUUCCUUACCUCCCAGCUCGUCUCCACCCCGGGGGUCCUGGUCAUUCGAAGGAUGGAGGGCACAGCUGGGACCACCCGGCUGCUGAGCUAGUGCCCUGGGGGGAAGGGGUACCCCCAUCCCCUCUUCCUUUGAGGGUCCCAUGCAGCCCCUCCACAUCACUGCCCCCCAAGCCUCAGAAGCCCAGGCCCUCGGAUCUGAAACCAAACACUUCCACUCCCCUCGCCCCUCCUCACUGGCCCGUUGACAGAAAGUGGGACCAAGAGUGGGGCCCGGUGGCAUCCGGCUCGCUGCUGGGUCAGGGGCUGUGGGGCUGGCCUGGCGUGGCCUGGGGCCUCCACAGCCCCCCACCCCCCCUUGAGCGCUUCCUCCCCUCGGGUUGAGGACGCAGGGGAGGUGGAGACCAGGCCUUCUCCCAGAGGCUGAGUGGGGGGCUGUGCAUGCUCGCGUGGGGCACGUGGGUGCAUGUGCAUGGGCACGUGCCGUUCCUGAGGGAGGGGCCGCGGGGGUGCCCACCCGCCUGCCUGCCGCCCCUCCCCCACCUGCCAAGAAGGCAGCCAGUGACCGUGAUGUGGCCGGGACACAGGGUGAGCUCAGUUUUGGACGUCACCUGUUCUCCUGGUCUCACCUGCUGCUCAGACCCCUGAUUUGGAAAACAUACGUGCCAAGGCGCCGAGCAUCCCUGUGCCUUCGUCUCCCCGGAGGCAUAACCCUCCCCCACACCCGACCCCGGCCCCACCGUGGCCUCCCGUCCGCUUGGCUCCCCAUCCCAUGAUCACUGGUACCUUGGGCCUGUGCCAUGACCCUGACCCCACUCACAGCCGGGACUGGCCCCGACCCUGCCCGCCCUGACCGAGGGGAACAGAGACCUGGAGGGAGCUGGGCCUCCCUCACUCUGUGACUCCCACUCCUCGCCAGGCUCCCAGCCCCUGCCCUGCUGAAGGCCCGCUGCUGGCAUAGCCUGGGCCCAGCGCAGAAGCAAGACGAAUCAGUGGCCCUGCGAGUGCAAAAGCAGACCAAUCAGAAAUCAGAGUAACAUUCCCACGAGCACCCUGGCCAAUGGCAGGGAGCCUUUCGGUCUGGCCUUUCCGCUCCUCCUCCGCCGAGGUGGGCCCGAGACCUCUAAGGGGCGUGGCGCCCACCCGUGCCCAGGACUGAGCCAUCAGGGACAGGCUCCCCCCCCAAGGCUGCAGCCACACAGGGUUACAGGCUUGGGGCCGGGGCAGACUUGGACUCAGCCCUGGACGCUCCGGGGCCAGCCCACCCCUACCCUGCCCCCCCCCCACGGGUGGCCUGCCGCGUGUCUCUGCCCUCCUCCCACAUCACACUCGGGGGGUCUGAGCCACCCCCCUCAGCCCAGCUCGGCUCAGCUUGACCCCCACUCUGUCCCCCAAACCCGCAGCACAAGCUCUCCCGGCCGUGCGCUGGCCUGACCUCCCUCCGGGGGCGUUGUUGGCCGCUGACCUCCAUAUGCAAUCGAUAGCGAGCAGCCGCCCCCCCCCCCCCCCGCACACGCACUCUACGUGCCAUUCUCCCGUGACUUUUUUUGUACUUAAUGUAUGAAAGAUCCAAACUAAUAUUGCUGUACAAAGGAAAGACGAAUUAAUAUAGCCUAUUCUAUAAAUAUAUCUGUAUAUACAGGGCUCUGUACAUUGUAUAGACUGUGUAUAAACUGGAUGUAGAAGCA